UAUACAUUCAAAGGGUUCUUUAAUUUGCUUUCACUUUCAAAGGCUGGGGAGCAGCAGACUAUCAACACAGACUGCGGCUUAGCUUGAUCUGCUCUGCACUUUGGAGUCUGUUUGGAUGGAAAAUGUCCUGCAUUCGGCCAUCAAGAAUGGAAAAGACAAUCGAAGCAAAUUCAGAGAAGGAUAAAAAACUCAAGCUUGCAUCCUCCGCACUUUGGUGUGUUGUUGAAAAAUGGAGGAGUUGUGACUGAGAACAGAAGGCACGCAGGCAGGCCUAGAAAGACCAACAGCAGAUUGGACUGCAUAAAUAUCAUUUCAAAUAGGAUCAACACAUACAGAACAAGUAUAGCAGGAGAGUGAUGUAGCAGAAACCCUCCAUAAGCUCAGGGGAUAUAACCAUGGAUUAAAUUAGCUAAAGAACAUGCGCAUAAGGUGCAGUUUCUGAAAACAUGUGUUAUGGAAAUAUUAACCAACGUGGAUCUGUUCAUAGAAAGUUAAUGUGGAGAACUCCAACCAUAUGGCAAUAAGAGUACAAUAAAGCAUGAUGGUGAGAACAUCAAGUCUGGAGCUGUUUUUUAAUCAGUAUUGUCAGUGAAUAUGCUUCUGUGAAUAUGUAUAUAUUUACUCUUAGUGUCAUCAAGUCUACAAAGGAAAACUUCAAUAAAACUUUCUGAUGGAUAAAGAUCCAAAACAUACCAGCAGCCUGCUGAAAAAAUAUUUUCACCAAAAAAAAAGUGCUCUCCCAGAGGCCUAUAGAUCCCAGUUGGGGGCCCGUGUUAAGUGUGGAUUGAAUGAUGUACUUUACACGCACAGUUUUGUGGGUGUUCCAACAAGUGAGAAAACCCUCUCUUGUUUGCUAAUUAUUGUGUUAAACUCUAGCAGCCACUUCUAGUAUACAAGUGUAUAUCAUCUGUGCAGCAGGAAACAGCAAUUAUCAGAGUGAGCUGGAAAGUCGGGUAUUAUUCUAAGAAGUUGGUUGACUACGGUGUAAGUACUACGGAAAAGAUACACGAGCAACAGGAAUGACCGCAGGCUUGUGUGGAUUGUCAAGUGGAGUCGAUUCAAUAACUUGUGAGAGCUUCACAAGGAGGGACUGAGGCUGCAUCGAGAAUGUAUCAAGAGCUACUGAGCACAGAUUUCUUCAGUAAAGGAGCUACAACUGUAAUAUGAAGACACUCUUGAAGCAGCGUAAAAUUAGAAGAUCUUACCUGGGCUAAGUAGAAAAAGAACUGGACUGUUUCUCAGUGGUCCAAAGUCCUCCCUUCAGAUUAAAGUAAAUUUUGCAUUUCAUUUGGAAGUCAACAUCCAAGAGUUUGGAGAAAGAGCGGACAGGCACAAAACCUGAGGUGUAUGAAGUCCAGUGGGAAGUUUCCGCAGUCUGUGAUGAUUUAAGGUGCCAUGUCAUCUGCUGCUGUUAGUCCACUGAGUUUUACCAAGUCAAAAGUCAAAGCAGCAUCUACCAGGAGAUUUUAGAGCACUUCAUGCUUCCAUAUGCUGACAAACUUUAAGGAGAUGCUGGUUCCCUUUCCAGCAGGAUUUAAUACUUACCCACAGAGCCAAAACUACUACUAAAUGGUUUGCUGACAAUGACAUUACUGUGCUUGAUUGGCCAGUCGACAAACUUUACCUGAACCCUAUAGAACCCCAUAUGUGUUAUUGUCAAGAGAAAGAUGAGAAACAUCCAGCCCAAAAAAAUAUAAACAAGCUGAAGGCCGCUUUCAAAGCAACCUGGGCUUCAAUAACACCUCAGCAGUACCACAGACUAAUUGCCUCUAUGGCAUGCUGCACUGAUGCAGUAAUUUGUGGUAAAGAAGCCCCGACAAAGUAUUGAGCGUAUAAAUGAACAUACUUUUCAGAAGUUGUACAUUUCUGUUUUGUAGAUGCUUUCGCUUUGUAAAUCAGAGGAAAUAUUCUAAUAAUUCGAGAUAGAGUUUCUGAUUUUCAUGAGCUAUAUGCCAUUAUCAUCAAAAUUAAAGCAAAAAAAAUCUUGAAAUAUUUCACUUUACAUCCAAUGAAUACAGAAAAUAUGCAAGUUUACCUUUUAUGAACAAAAUUACAAAAAAAUAAAUAGCUUUAUCACAUAUUUUUUUAGACACACCGAUUAGACUGUUAUAUGUACAAGAGUCAAGCUUAAUAAAGUUAGCUAUGCUAGCUUUUGAACACACAAAACAGAAAACAGUCCUACCUGUACACUUGGGAAUCUCAUUAUUUAGGGAGUUUUGCAUUUUGUUAAUUCAAAUGAUAUUUUUCUACAGGUAAGUUAAAUCUAGUAUGAUGCCAUGCUAAUCUGCUAGCUAGACAAGCAUUCCUCCCAACAGGACAGUCACAAAAAAAGUGCCAGAGUAAGUAAGCCAAAUAGACCAAAUAAAUUAUUACUUAAAUAAAUUUAAUUUAUUCUUGACUAUUGUUAAAUAAUUACAUCAAUAAUUACAUCAAAUACAAUGUAAAUGUAUUUUCAGUUAUUUUCGUGCUGCUAAGAGUCUUUUUUUCCAGCCUGACUUGACUGUAAACCGGUACUGGUCCUGUUUGCAGGCCACUCGCCUACAUUUCCCAGAGUUCCUCUCUACUAUUUAUUUGGGUUGAACCCGAAUCUCAGCUGCUCGCACUGAGCGGUCUGCACCGGUUUUCCGAUGUAUGUUAUAGAAAUGCAGUCCUUUCUGUCUUUAAUAUUCUGCUUCAAAAUGAAUUACGUGUCGAGCUGAAUCUACGCGGUCCACGCAGCCGACAACGGGAACAUGAAAUGGAGAUCACUCGGACCAGACCGUCCUUGUAUGGAGAAAUCGCUCAUGGCCUUGGAUUCUGGACAGACCGCUCAGCAGUGCACGAGGCGGCUGCACAGGGCAGGGCCCUGCAGCUGCAGCAGCUGAUAGAGGGAGGUGCAGCAGUUAACAUCGUGGCUGUGGACUCCAUCACCCCCCUGCAUGAGGCGUGCAUACAGGGACAGACCCAGUGUGUCAGACUGCUGCUGGACGCUGGUGCACAGGUAGAUGCUCGUAACAUUGACGGCAGCACUCCGUUGUGUGACGCCUGUGCAGCUGGUAGUCUGGAGUGUGUCAAGCUGCUGUUGGAAUAUGGAGCAACCGUCAAUCCUCCACUGUUUACUUUCUCACCUCUUCAUGAGGCAUGCAUGGGAGGUAAUUCAGAUUGUGUUCAGCUCAUGAUUGAUCAAGGAGCUUUCAUGGAGGCUCAUGACUGCCACUAUGGGACACCACUUCAUGUAGCCUGUGCCAGGCAACAUUAUGACUGCGCCAAAGUACUCCUCAAUGCAGGGGCAAAUGUAAACGCUGCCAAGCUCCAUGAGACGGCUCUCCAUCAUGCAGCCAAGACCAAGAACAUUGACUUGAUUGAGCUACUUGUGGAGUUUGGGGGGAAUGUGUUUGCCAGGGACAACCUGAACAAAAAACCCAUCCACUACACCAGUGUGGGAUCUCCCUCGUACAUCUCCCUUGAGUUCUAUGAGAACACCCCCCUCAGUCUGCAGCAGAUCAGCAGAGUGACUGUGAGGAGGACUCUCGGAAAAAGAGCGCGUGAAGUUGUUUCGAAACUGGGCUUGCCCAAUCGCAUCAUAAGCUUUCUUUCUUACAUUCCACCUCCACCUAUUGAAAUUUAAUCACCUCGGUCAAAUUUCAGUGCAGCUCUCAGAAGGUCAAACACUGUCCAGUUAUACACUACCAUUCAAAAGUCUGGGGUCACUUAGAAAUGUCCUUAUUUUUGAAAGAAGAGCAGUUUUUUCAAUGAAAUUAACAUUAAAAUUAUCAGAAAUACAGUCUAGACAUUGUUAAUGUGGUAAGUGACUAUUCUAGCUGGAAACGGCUGAUUUCUAAUGAAGUAUCUCCAUAGGGGUACAGAGGAACAUUUGCAACAACCAUCACUCCUGUGUUCUAAUGCUACAUUGUAUUAGCCAAUCAUGUUGAAAGGCUAAUUGAUGAUUAGAAAACCAUUGUGCAAUGAUUUUAGCACAUGAAUAAAAGUGUGAGUUUUCAUGGAAAACGUGAAAUUGCCUGGGUGACCAGAACUUUUGAACGGUAGUGUAUCUGCUGGUUCUGUGGUUCCUCUUCUCCAGAAAGUCAUAUGACAGGAUGUUGACGUUGGCGGACGUACUGCACAGAUGUCUUAACACUGCCAGACGAGACGGGUGUACAGAGAUUUCCUGAGUAUUCAGAGACUGUUUUAUACUGAAGCAAGCUUAAAAAAAAAAAAUCUUAAUAUGCUUUUGAGCUUAUAGCUGCACCAAGAGAUUUUUUAAAAAUCGUUUUGGAACAGAAAUGCAGUCCUGAUAUAUGUAGCAUCAACUCAUCUAGCUCUGGUGGCUAACCUGUUUGCACACAACUUUCUGCUUACAUAUUUAACAAAUAUAUACCAUUAUUAGGAUCUUGUUCGACAUAAAAAAAGUGCAGCUCAAUACUCAGCUUUCACCUCUGAUUUGGCCCUUUAACUCCUGAGUUAAACAUCUUCACCAGCCAGAUAUUUAUUUCACAUUUGCAGUUUGGUGCUUGGCAGGUUGUGCACAGUUUUGGCAAGAAAAAUGAAGGCCCGAAGAUCAAAUGACUUGCUGCUGAAGGCCAUGCACACCAGUGGUAAACCCACACAGGUGAUUUCAUUGUUUUGGGACGAUUCAGAUCUUCUUUCAGGACUGUGGGCGCAUACAGACUAUCCAUCAAGCUCAGACUCUUCUGUUAGCUCCUGUUUGCACUUGUUCCACGGGCCAAGUUUCACCUUUGAGAUCUUUUUUAUUGCACAGUGAGUCUGGUGAGCAGAGGUCUAAUUAAUCACAAUAGCUGAACACACCUGUGUUUGAAUUCAGGACCUUUAUUUAAUACAUUUAAUACUCAGAAGCUUUGGAAACACCGUUAGUCAUUUAACAAUACUCAGAGCCAUUUGAAUCAGUGUUAGUAUAAUACUGUAUGUACAUGUGUUGCUUCAUGGAGCCUGAAAUCUAGAAGCAUGAACUUUGCUUGUUCAUCACAACCAACUAUGUGUGAAUGCAAGUUACCUCAUAGACACUGUAUUACUUUAUUGAACAUGGAACAUGUGGUUUGAUUACUAGAAUUAUAUCAUUGUAUGUAUUUGUAUAUAUAUAUAUAUAUAUUGUGUAACUAUUUAUUUUUAAUGUAAAUUUGUACAUAAUACAGAUGGUUCUACCUCUAUUUGUGUAAAUAAAUAGAUCACUAUCAAAAUAUUUUAAAAACAA